CCAAAAACAUGAACGGACCCCGUUGAAGUCAACAUCGUCUUCAGCUGAAAGGCAUCCUGACGGUGAUGACGACGGAGGUGCUGGCGUUUUGGCUGAGCCAAAUGAUCAUGGCGAUGGUGUUAGUGAUGCAUCGAAUGCAAAGAAACGGCGAUUAGGCGACAGCCAGAAUAUUUCGGGUNCAACUCCAAAAAGAGACGCUCUCAGAAAUGAAAUUGGCUCAGAAACAGUGUUGCGACAAACCGAUGGCUACAAUGACGAUGAUGGAUACGAGGAAACUGUAGUUGUUGAUGAGUUGGGUUCAAUGGGCUCAGACGAUCGACAGUUGGACGAUGAGGAUUUCGAACCUGGAGGAAGUAUGACACGAAGUCGUUUCAUAGAAACUCGACAGAAGCAAGGAUAUUCCGGUGGUGGCGGUGCUGGUGUUUCGGGGAUGUCGGCUAGAUCUACGCUUAGGUCGAGAAUUUCCGUAGGUUCAAUCUUACCACCGCCAACGAUAAGUAUGGAGAACGCUGUGCCAGCAACCGCACCGCUGCUCACGACAGAUCGUACGAAAAUCCGUCACAAUAAGCGAAAUAAAACCGAAGAUAGAGAUGGAAAAGAAGUAGCUGAACGUGUAGUGGUGGGUCGUCGCUAUGAUCGUAUUCCAAGCGUUUCGACACCUUCGACCACUGCGGUCAGUACAAUGUCAUCGUCAUUAUCAUCACAUCAACAACCACGGAUUUUGGAUCGUCGGUCUGGAGGANCACCACGGUGA